AUGACUACUCAAGUUAUAUUAUUAUAUGAUAAAAAUCAAGUUACUUGUUCAGUUGAUGUAUCUCAACCUUUACAAACAAUCAUAAAAACAUUAUGCUUGGAACAAUUUAAUAUUCAAGAGCCAGCCGCUUUAUUUGCUUUAAGAUUAUUAGAUACUGAAGAAUUAAUUACUGAAGAAAAUCUUAGAAGAAAGAUAAAGGAAAAUGAGCGAUUAAAAUUGGUUUCAUCACCCUUAAUUGAAGCAGUUGAAAUAUACGAGAAAAUGAGUAGUAACGAUGAAAAAGGUUUAAAACUCGCUACAUUUUCUCUCCAAAAAUAUUUAUUGAUAGAAACAAUAAAUACAUCAAGUGGGAAUACAUUAGCAUAUGCAUUAACAUCAAUGCAAAAUCUUAUGGAACAUGAUCAUGGUUGGGAUAAUUUAGAUUCUGAUUUUAUAAAUAGGAUUAUUAAAAUAUUGGUAAAACAAACACUUGUUAAUAUUUGUAGACCUGCAACAGCUAUUAUUAUUAAAUUAGUAACAGCAGAUAAAAAUUCGAUAACAUCAAUUAAAUCAUACGGAUUUGAUGUUUUAUAUGAUGCUAUGAUCCAUCAACCAAACUUCCUGCCAACAUUAGUACAACGUUUUGCAUCCGCUGAUUAUGUUUUAUGUAUAAAUAGUUUAUGUUUGAUCAAUGCUUUAAUGAGGCAUGCUACAGAUCAAUAUUGGGAAUCUUUUAUGAAUAUGUUGGAUAAAUUAAACGUUAGAAAAGCUGUUGCUUUACUUAUGACUGGACAUCCUAGCGAGGAAUUAUCAAAACAUUUACUAGAAUUUCAAUCAUUAUUUGUACGACAAGCAUAUAGAUGGAAGAGAACACAAAUGUCUUUACAUAUUGCUUCUCAUAAAUCAAUGUUAGAAGAAAUAUGGUCAUCUGCAAAUUUAUCGGAAGAAGGUGGCAAAUGGAGGAAAAUUGGAUUUGCUACUGAAGCACCAAAAUGGGAGAUACAACGUGUUGGAUAUUUAGCAGAACGUCGUUGCCCAUUUGCUAAAACUUCGAUUGAAGCAACAGAAUUGUUGUGUGAUUAUUGGGAUAUUAGCACCGGAUCAUUUUUUAGAUUAUGGAAUGAAAUGGAGGCGACAUCCGAUGAUUUCCCUAAAGUAUCAGCUCUUGUUCGUAGUCAACUUAAAUUUGCUCUUAAGGAUGAAGUUACCAAACAACUUUAUGAAUUUGAAAAGGAUAUGUUAGAAGUUGAAUAUAAAGUUAUCAGAGAUAGACAAUUAAAAGAAUUGGAACUUGGUGAUGACUUGUUAAGUAAAACUCCUGUCAGAAAUCUUCGUAGUAAAUUGUAUACAGAAUCAUAUGAAUUUGUUAAACAACAAAGAAUUAAAUGUUUAUUACACGGAGAUUGCGGUAAUCGUAGGUCUUUGUCUAGUAAAAAAUGGAGAUUCUAUAGACUUAGUCCAAACGCUAAAUUUUUACAUUACUGCGAUUUUACUGAAAAAUCUUACAUUAGAGAAGGUAUAGAAGAUUUACCAGAAAGAAAUUUAAAAUUUUCAUUAAUGUCAGGACCUGAUACAACAUUAGCAGAUUUUUUAGCUGUAGAUAUGGUACAAUUUUCCGAGUGGACAGAUGGGUUUAAUAUGUUAUUUGAUAAAAAUAUUGGAUGUAAAGAUACAGCUGAAUUUAUACAAGUAUUGACUGAAAUAGGUGUUAAAGUGAAAUUACUAGAUUUAAGUGGUGAAAGGGUUGAAAUACCUCAAAGCGUUGAAGUUCCUGACGAAUUACCAAUCAUUGAUAAAAAUGGAAGUGGAUUCUAUUAUGACGAUCCAUUUGCUUAA